CACCUCCUCCUGUACUCCUUGCAGCAGCAGAGCUGUUACCUAGUUACAGGCGAGAGGCUGUCUGUUAUAAUGUCGCUGCGGUGGCUUCAGUGUAUCACUCGUGGAGAGAGGACGGAAACUGACCGACACCCCGGAGGACCGGACACUUUCACAGCUGAUGAUGAAGAUAAAACCUGUCCCGACAGGGAAUAAACCAACGGCAGCUGCUAAUGAAAUCUAUACAUCCUAAUAUCACACGACGAGAGCGGGCUUAAACAAGAUCGCGGUUUGAAAAGUCUCCACAUAAAGAGCAGAUGGGCGGGAGCUGAGACGUCAGGAGGAUAAUAUCGGCUGAGAGAUCCACGGGUGUCGCCUCACUUUCCAGGGAUGGAGAUGACGGAUGAGACGUGGGAAAACGGCAGCCUUGCCAGCCCCUCGCCGGGACUCCCCCUGUUCCUGCUCAUGUUCAACAACAGCGAUCUGAAUUUUACACUGUUCAACAACACCAACUCCACUGCUGCACCCAUCUUCUCGGGCCCUAGCGUGGCCGGGGUCCUCAUACCGCUCAUAUACAUAAUCGUGUGUGUCAUCGGCCUGGGUGGAAACACUCUGGUGAUUCACAUUGUGCUGCACUACUCGAAAAUACAGUCAGUGACCAACAUCUACAUCGUCAACUUAGCCAUCGCCGACGAGCUCUUUAUGCUUGGUUUGCCUUUCCUGGCGGUGCAGAACACGUUGCAUUCGUGGCCAUUUGGCUCCUUCAUGUGCCGCCUGGUGAUGACCGUCGACUCCAUCAACCAGUUCACGAGCAUAUUCUGCCUGACAGUGAUGAGCAUUGACCGAUACCUCGCCGUAGUGCACCCCAUUCGCUCAUCAAAGUGGCGCCGACCUCGAGUGGCCAAAAUGGUGAAUGGCACCGUGUGGGCUCUUUCAUUUCUCGUCGUUAUGCCUGUGGUGAUCUUUGCCAAUAUUCAGAAGGGGGGUGGUACGUGUAACAUCGACUGGCCCGAACCGGCGAACAUAUGGAGCGCGGCUUUCAUCAUUUACACCUUUACAAUCGGAUUCUUCUGCCCUCUUCUUAUCAUCUGCCUGUGCUACUUGCUCAUCGUCUUUAAAAUCCGGAGCUCUGGAAAAAAAGUCCUUGCCACCUCCACCAAACGGAGGAAGUCUGAGAGAAAGGUGACGCGCAUGGUUGUUAUUGUCGUCGCCGUUUUUGUGUUCUGUUGGCUGCCCUUCUACGGCCUUAACAUCAUCAACCUGCUCGUGUCCCUGCCCCCUGAGUACCAUGGGCUUUACUAUUUUGUCGUUGUGCUUGGCUACGCCAACAGCUGUGCCAACCCUAUUGUCUAUGGCUUUCUAUCAGACAACUUCAAGAGGGGUUUCAGGAAAUCCCUGUGCCGCUCCACGAGAAAAGUGGAGAACCACGAGCCAAUGGAGCCUCAGCCGGAGCAGAAGGAGGGCAGGGCGUGGCUCAAGCCCAGGGAGAGCCUGAGAAGGGGUCUCAGACAAGUGGAGUACGAAGAAGUGGAAGACAUUUCGGAAAUGACUGAGAUCUACAGAAUCGGCCAAAACGGCAACAGCAGCAUUCCGCCUGAGAGCACACAGCCGCUGUUGUCCGAUAAAGCAGCAACUCCGGGAGCAACGGAUCUGUCAAGCCCGGACAAGAGGGGCAAAUCUGGGGACGUGAAGGGAAAAGAUUCUGCCAACGGCUCCACACUGACUGUACCGUUACUUCUCAACAGAAACCAAAAUGGCAGCGUUAAACCUCUGCCAGAGGACGACUUGGAACAGAGCGCUUCACUGUAAAUAAGCUACUUAUAGUGUAAAAUAAGGGCCGUAUGUAACAGUAUUAAGAGACAGUUUGUAUAAAAGAAUACGCAUAUAUAUAUAAAGUAAACUUUAGAGACACUCAGAUGCAGCUAAGUGUGUUUUGAAUGAAUGGACUCUAAGUUCCUUUAACAUUAAGUUAAAGUUUUACCAAGAUACAAAGUGUAUCCCUGUAUAUAUUGUGUACAUAUGCAUGAAUAUGAAUGUACAAAGUUGUGCCUUUAUCACUUAUACUACUACCAACUUUUUUCAAAUGUAAUUUGUUGGUGCCUGUACUUGUAGCCUUUUAAUUCUAUAAUGUGACAAGAUUCUGCUGAAACUUGACUGUUUUUAAGCUAAUGUCAACCAUGGCAUGGCUAACACCUUUAUUUACAAUAGGAAUCACAUGCCUGCAAUCCCAUCUUUUACUAAUUAUGUGUAUAGGAAACACAGGGUUAUGGGGCACCUAAAAAUUCCUAGCAUUGUGUUUGUAAUUUCAAUGAAGCUUGUGUAGGUAGAUGGAUGUAUAAAGCGUGGGUGAGGUUGUGGCAACUUGGCUGGUAUGUUCAGUAACAUUGGGCAUAUGACAGCAACAAUUUAUUUGUUGAUUUUCCCAAAUCACCAAACUCUCUUAAAAGGCCUGGAUGUAACUGUUCAUUUCAGCCCGAUAAAGGAGAUUUCCUAUAUCAUUUUAGGCAUAGAGUUUUUCUGACCAAAUGUUUCCUUAUUAUGGAAAUGAAAAAUAUAAUUUAGUUAUGAAAUGUGUGGUAUAAAAACAUAAUUUUCCAAGAGAUGUGUUUACAUGCCUUCACUUGAUAUAGAGUUCUCAUUAUGAACAGAAGCUUUUAUGUUAAUGACUGACAUCCAGAUGUUGAUCCUGAUGUAUAGAAAUCAAUUGUAAUUAAAGUGUUGUUGCUGAAA